AUGCUGGAUUGUGGGCUAUCAGCACACUCUGUGCUGAACUUUCUACCAUUACCACCUGUGCCCAGCACAAGGCUUGCCUCUUUACCAAACUACACACCACCCCAUCUCAACGACCCAUUACUAGAAGGAGAGUUAAAAGAGUGCUGUGGGCGCGUUUUUGUUGACAGUAUCCCUGAGUUUUGCCCUCCACUAGACAAAGUAGUAGAUUUCUCACAACUAGAUGUAAUACUAAUAUCAAACUAUACAUGCAUGAUGGCACUACCAUUUAUUACCGAAGAUACAGGAUUUAAAGGCCAAGUAUAUGCAACGGAACCGACACUGCAAAUUGGUAGGUUCUACUUGGAAGAAUUAGCGGAGUGGGUAUCAGGGGCUGGGGGCUCUGGCAACGCGGGCGCAGCAAAACGUUGGAAGGAAUUGCUACAUGUGUUGCCGCCGCCGUUAGCCCUAGCGUCACGUCCACGAUCAUGGCGCCGUCUAUUUUCUCCUGCUUCUGUAACACGCGCCUUAUCUCGUGUCCGUGUAGUUGGCUAUGAUGAACGAGUUGACAUUUAUGGUGCACUCGACGCUACGGCUGUCAGUUCAGGUUUCUGUCUCGGCUCUGCCAACUGGGUACUGCGCUCGGCCCGGGAGAAGGUCGCUUACGUCAGCGGCUCUUCAACACUUACCACGCAUCCGCGACCUAUCAAUCAGGCGGCGUUACGUGGAGCCGAUCUUCUCAUCCUGGCUGCUCUAACACAAACACCAGCUCACAACCCAGACCACAUGCUCGGUGAUCUAUGCGUCCACGCGACUGUAACACUAAGAGGGGGCGGUUGUGUACUAUGCCCCGUUUACCCAAGCGGUGUAUUAUAUGACCUCCUCGAAUGUCUAUCGGCACAUCUCGACGGAGCCGGGUUACAACAUGUCCCAUUAUAUGUUGUAUCGCCUGUAGCCGAUUCAUCGCUGGCGUACAGCAAUAUUCUCGCUGAAUGGGUGUCGGUGGGUAAGCAAGCGAAAGUGUAUUUGCCAGAGGAACCGUUUCCGCAUGCGGCGCUGGCGCGUGCUGGACGUCUGCGUCAUGCAAAGCAUUUGCACGAUGACGCUUUCAGUGCAGAGUUCCGUCAGGUAAUACUUGGUUACAGUUUUUAUAAUAUUUGUUUGUAUAAUAUAAUAAUUUAG